UUUUUUCCUUUGUUUUGAAGAAAGAAUUCAGACAACAUGGGUCGAGCACCUUGCUGUGACAAAGCCAACGUGAAGAAAGGACCAUGGUCACCUGAAGAAGAUGCUAAGCUCAAGGCUUAUAUCGAACGGUAUGGUACUGGAGGCAAUUGGAUUGCUCUUCCUCAGAAAAUCGGCCUUAAGAGAUGUGGGAAGAGUUGCAGGCUGAGAUGGCUGAAUUAUUUGAGGCCAAAUAUCAAGCAUGGUGGAUUCUCUGAAGAAGAAGACAGAAUCAUCUGCAGUCUCUAUAUAAGUAUUGGAAGCAGGUGGUCCAUUAUUGCAGCACAACUGCCUGGGAGAACUGAUAAUGAUAUCAAAAACUACUGGAACACCAAAUUAAAGAAGAAACUACUUGGGAGGCACAAGCAUUAUAACAACAACAUCCAUAGGUCAUCGUCCUCAAAUCAAGGCCCUAAUGAUCAUCAUCAGUACUCCAGUGGCUCAGCCUCGGAUGAUAAUCAAUUCUCUAUGGGUUUGAGUAACUCGGCCUUGGAACGACUCCAGCUUCAUCUGCAGCUUCAAAGUGAUCUUCAGAAUCCUUUCUCUUUCUAUAACAAUCCGGGUUUAUGGCCAAAGAAGAUUCAGCCCUUGCAGGACAAGAUGAUCCAAAGCAUGCAGCAGGCUGCCUCCACUGGAAACCCUAACCUUCUCAUCAUGCAACCUCUCUUGCCAAACCCUCAACCUGCACAGCAAGAUUAUCCCAGAAAUUUCGAAGCCAAGGGACUUGAGGUAGUUGAUAAUUCUUUGGAUGGAAUAUCUCCAUCAGAUGGCUCAGUUCCCUUUGGAACUGGAAAUGGAAAGGAUGGCGAUGCUCAACCUGUCUCGAGCUACCAGGGCCAGCUGGACGAGUUUCUCAACGAUAAGACGUCCGGUUAUCCCCAAAUGGCUGAUCAAGUUCUGGAUUGUUUCAGGGACAUGAAUGGUGCAAAGGACAGCUUGAUUUGGUGGCCGAGUGAUCAGUUUGAUGCAAAAUCAGCAUCUCCCAACUCUUGGGAUUCAACUUCUGUCUUUCAAUCCAAUGGGGUGUUUCAGGAUUAUGAAUUAUGUUACCCUAUGUAGGUUAGAGACAAAGACAUCAAAUAAAAUGUAGGGACUUGGUUUACUGUUUAAGCUUAUUUGUUGUGGUGGAGAUAA